UGGACGACGACGACGACGACAUGGCGACGCUCCCGCGGUGAGCACCCACCAGCGGCAAGCCCGCCCGCGUUUGCCGGUUGUUGGUUUUGGGUCGGGCCGGUAUGGCGUCCGGGUACGUGGACGUGCCGCUGGGCGGCGCCGACGAUGGCGGGGAGCAGCAGCGGCAGGGCCCGCUCCCGCCGGCGGCGCCGAUCAAGAAGCAGCCGUCGCGGAUCGCGUCGGGGCUGCGGCGGCUGGCGUCCAGGGUGCCCGAGACGAUGCGGCUGAAGCGGACGCACUCCAGCGCGCAGCCGGCGCUGCGUGGGCUGCGCUUCCUCGACAAGACGUCGGGCGGCAAGGACGGCUGGAAGAGCGUCGAGAAGCGCUUCGACGAGAUGAGCGCCGGCGGCCGCCUGCCCCGGGAGAGCUUCGCCAAGUGCAUCGGUAUGGCGGAUUCCAAGGAGUUUGCAAGCGAGGUGUUUGUGGCAUUGGCGAGAAGAAGGAGCAUCAAUCCAGAUGAUGGGGUAACAAAAGAACAGCUGAAAGAAUUUUGGGAGGAGAUGACUGAUCAGAACUUUGAUGCACGCCUACGGAUAUUCUUUGACAUGUGUGACAAGAAUGGUGAUGGGCAGCUUACAGAGGACGAGGUCAAAGAGGUUAUUGUGUUGAGUGCCUCAGCAAACAAGCUUGCCAAGUUGAAAAACCAUGCUGCAACCUACGCCUCACUGAUCAUGGAAGAGCUGGAUCCUGAUCAUCGCGGUUACAUUGAGAUUUGGCAGCUAGAGACGCUACUCCGAGGUAUGGUGACAGCCCAAGGGCCUCCAGAGAAGGUGAAGCUGGCCUCAGCAAGCCUUGCAAGGACAAUGGUCCCUUCAAGUUACCGGAGUCCAAUGAGGAGGCGUCUCACCAAGACUGCUGACUUCAUCCAUGAGAACUGGAAGAGGAUAUGGGUGCUCUCCUUGUGGGGGAUCCUCAAUAUUGGAUUGUUCACAUACAAGUUUGUGCAGUACAGGAGGCGGGAUGCAUUUGAGGUGAUGGGCUACUGUGUCUGCAUAGCAAAGGGUGCUGCUGAGACACUCAAGCUGAACAUGGCCCUUAUACUCGUCCCAGUGUGCCGGAACACAUUAACAAGGCUCAGAUCAACAGCACUCAGCAAACUCAUACCAUUUGAUGAUAACAUAAAUUUCCACAAGGUUAUCGCACUGACGAUUGCAAUUGGUGCGGCUACUCAUACGCUUGCUCAUGUAACCUGCGACUUCCCAAGGUUGAUAUCAUGUCCAAGAGACAAGUUCGAGGCCACACUGGGGCCGUACUUCAACUUUGUUCAACCAACAUACUCAUCGCUGGUUGCAAGCACUCCAGGGUGGACUGGCAUCCUCAUGAUCCUCAUAAUGUCAUUCUCGUUCACACUUGCGACACAUUCAUUCAGGAGGAGCGUCGUGAAGCUUCCAUCACCACUGCACCAUCUUGCUGGUUUCAAUGCAUUUUGGUAUGCCCAUCACCUGCUGGCGAUUGCAUAUAUCCUCUUGGUGCUGCACUCCUACUUCAUAUUUCUUACCAAGGAGUGGUACAAGCGAACGACAUGGAUGUUCUUGGCAGUUCCAGUCCUCUUUUACACCUGCGAGAGAACUCUCAGAAAACUUCGUGAGACCAGUUAUCGUGUGAGCGUCAUCAAGGCAGCAAUUUACCCAGGAAACGUGCUCUCUAUUCACAUGAAUAAACCACCAAGUUUCAAGUACAAAAGUGGGAUGUACAUGUUUGUAAAAUGCCCAGAUGUUUCUCCUUUUGAAUGGCAUCCCUUCUCCAUAACUUCUGCGCCCGGAGAUGAAUAUUUGAGUGUUCAUAUCCGAACAUUAGGUGACUGGACAACAGAACUCAGGAACCUAUUUGGGAAGGCUUGUGAGGCACAAGUUACUAACAAGAAGGCUACACUCGCAAGACUUGAUACCACCAUCGUAGCAGAUGGUCUGACGGAAGACACUAGGUUUCCCAAAGUCUUUAUUGAUGGCCCUUUUGGUGCACCGGCUCAAAAUUAUAAGAAAUAUGACAUUCUUUUGCUUAUCGGGCUUGGAAUUGGAGCAACACCUUUCAUCAGCAUACUGAAGGAUCUUCUGAACAACAUAAAGACCAAUGGAGUGGUACAAAGCAUGCAUGACACCGAGUUAGGCUGCACCUUUAAGGGCAAUGGACCAGGAAGAGCUUAUUUCUACUGGGUUACAAGAGAGCAAGGUUCCUUUGAAUGGUUUAAAGGCGUCAUGAAUGAUGUCGCUGAAAGCGAUCGUGAUAAUGUAAUAGAGAUGCACAAUUAUCUGACAAGCGUGUAUGAAGAAGGCGAUGCAAGAUCAGCUCUGAUUGCCAUGGUCCAAUCACUUCAGCAUGCCAAAAAUGGUGUGGAUAUCGUCUCUGGCAGCAAGAUCCGGACACAUUUUGCAAGGCCGAACUGGAGAAAGGUAUUUUCGGAUCUGGCCAACACCCACAAGAACUCUCGUAUAGGCGUUUUCUACUGCGGGUCUCCAACACUUACAAAAAUGCUGAAGGAUCUUUCAAUAGAAUUCAGCCAGACGACGACGACUCGGUUCCAUUUCCACAAGGAGAACUUCUAAGACCAGACCAGGGAAACACCAAAAUAAUCGCAGGCACGCAUUUAUA